UUUCAUCAUCUGUUCUGAUACGGCCUUCGUCCAUCGAUUUAACGGCUAGGUCAUCAUUCGUUUAGUUACUGCCCUGUUUUUAUAUACCUACGCAUUCCAUUCUCGUUGCUCCCUACUCGUUGCGUCCCUUCCAUGUCGAGCUUCUUUGGCGUCCCCCGCCGCUGCGGAUACUUAAUCUAAUGGAUCCUGGCGAACCUCUUCAGCGUUCCAAGACCUCGCCCGCGAGGUUACGCCAUAGCCUGGGUUCUGUCGAUGGCCCAAGCCCGGGUUCCAAUGAAGUGUUAUUCCACCACCAUUCUGCCAAAAUCGUGAAAUUCGAACUCCCCAAUUCCACCCACAUCGCUCCUCCCAGCGAUAUUUCCUCAGACCUUGACUAUGUAGUUGAUGCUGUCGAGACCUUGCCGUGGCGCCUGUCAACUGAGAGGACAGUGGCUGUGGGUUACUUGAAAAUCGAACAAGUUCCCGGCUCAACCAUGUUCCUCAAGUCUGGCGACGUAGUGCGGGCUCUCAUGAAGAAUUGCCAGUGUUGGUGUGUGGAUGGGAAUUCAACUUUUGUCAUAAGAAUACAGCGCCUCACCUAUUAUCGCAUUGAACUACCAUUCAAAACAGAGCAAGAUAAGGAGCAGGUGGAAACAUUGAAGCAGGUUCUUCGCUCAAUUAUUCGAUAUGAAGUCACACCCUGUCCCUUCAAGCGAGGAUUCUCUGUCGAGUUGCCCGAAGAGGCGAGAACCCCACGGAAGAAGAAAGCUUGGCGACCGAAACUGGACCCAAGCGUCGAAGUUGGGAAAUUGAGUUUUGGAGAGGCCGGCUCAGAUGGUGUAGGAUGUGGGAGAAGUCAUGCGGACUCAGAAGAUGGAGCGGCCACAGACGGGAGCGAAAACACCCCCAAAGCACGCCGUGCACCCACAUUCAAUUACGAAGGGUCGCCCUCCGUACCUACCCCAGCUAGAGCAGUCAGAAAUGUCACGGAACCUACUUAUACCUUUGGUUCCAUCAUGGCCAGGUUCCAAGCUCUUCCGGACAGCGAAAGCGAAACGGAUGGGGAUACGCUGUCAUCAAGUAUGGACUCUUUCCACUCUUUCAAGUCGGCUCGUUCUGGGCUUCCGUCACCUCCAUACUCUGAGCCCCCGUCGCCCCUCGACUCUCGCCCUCUUGGCAAUGUAGAGCAGCUACAGAUCCCUCCCAAACCGAUCCAUACCCGUGAAAUUUCCGGGGCUACCGUUGUGGCCGAGCCCGCUGGGCUAGAGGAGGCUGUCGCAUCUUGGAAAGAGAAUGGAUCCUUAGAGACAGACCGCGUAUCAAGUCCACCGGGUCCCAUGAAUGGAAUAACUACAUCUACGCUUACCACAAGUCCCGGCACAGCCAUACGCCAACGCUGUCUUCAAGGACCAAAGAGGCACGAGCUUACUCCAACGCAGUCCUCAACAAGUUGGAGCCCUGAAGGUGGAUCACCAGUCAUCUUGACGACCGCAUCAAUCCUUCGGAAAACCUGCUCCUUCAUCGUAGGUACUCCGAUCCAAGUUUUAGCUAUAAUCCUUCACAUCGCGGCUCGUCUCGCCCAUGGAGGCGAAUCUCGUGCCACCAAUACCGACGAAUCAGACAAUCAUUACGAUGGCUCUGACUCUGACGAUGGCAUUUGGAGUGAGGAUGACUUCGGUAUCCCACUGUCAACAGCUGCUUCAGUAAAGGCAGCCGAUCCCAGCAUCGACAACGGCCAUUUUGAACUUUGGGAGGAAGAGUUGGACUGA